GACAAGAUGCUUUCUCUUGUUUACACCACCACCACCACCCCAAACCCCCUUGUCCUCAACUCCCCUCAUUUCUCUUCUUCUUCUUCUUCUUCUUCAACAACUCGCCACACCAGGCUCAAAAUGUCGUCCUCCUCCGAUUCGCUUCCGCCUCUCCCGCAAAACCGCACCGUCCUCGGUGUCGGCAGCAUGGGCCUGGAUUUCCUCGCCGCCGUCUCCUCUUAUCCUAAGCCCGACGAUAAGAUCAGGACCACCAGCUUAAAGGUUCAAGGAGGCGGAAAUGCGAGCAAUGCUUUGACUUGUGUGGCUCGGUUGGGGCUGAGUCCCAGGGUGAUUUCCAAGGUUGCGGAUGAUACGCAAGGCAGGGGUAUACUGGAGGAGCUACAAGCCGAUGGCGUCGAUACUUCUUUUGUUGUGGUUGCCGAGGAGGGUAAUUCACCAUUUACCUACAUUAUUGUUGACAACGAAACGAAUACUCGUACUUGUAUUCAUACUCCAGGAUACCCUCCUAUGAUACCGGAGGACCUUACGCCUUCAAGUUUAUCAUCUGCAUUGGAUGGAGCAAGACUUGCUUAUUUUGAUGGGCGUCUACAUGAAACUGCUUUAAUUGUUGCACAAGAGGCUACUCGCCGGAAGAUACCUAUAUUAAUUGAUGCUGAAAGGAUUAGAGAAGGGUUGGAUGAUCUUCUAAACUUGGCUGAGUAUGCCAUAUGCUCAGUAAAUUUUCCAAAGGCAUGGACAGAAGCGAAAUCUUUUCCAAGUGCUCUUGUUUCAAUGCUUUUGAAAUUGCCAAAGCUCAAGUAUGCAAUUGUGACCUUGGGUGAAGAUGGAUGCAUAAUGCUUGAGAGAAGUGUAGAAGAGCCUCCUCAGACUGAAGAAAUGGACGUGGACAGCUUAUUUGAAGUGCUGAAGCAGAGAAAGGAUGACAGCAUAGCCAUACCAACUUAUAUUUCAUCGCCAGUGACAAAAUUGAGAGCCAGCGGAAUAGGGACAGUGUCUGGACGGCUAUUUUUGGGAACAGCUGAAAAAAUACCACCCUCUGAGCUGGUAGAUACAACAGGUGCUGGAGAUAGUUUUAUUGGAGCAGUUAUUUAUGCUGUUUGCACCAACAUGCCACCAGAGAAAAUGCUCCCUUUUGCUGCUCAAGUGGCGGCUACCUGCUGUAGAGGUUUGGGAGCCCGAACUAGUCUUCCACACCGCACAGAUCCACGGCUGGCAUCAUUUCUAUGUUAAAAAGCUUCUCAGCAGUAGAACUUAGAAUUCUAAUAUUGAACACAAGGCCUAGAAGUUGAGACCUGUCAUUUCAUGAGAUAGAAUUUUGUAAACGAUAAUAGUCUUGAUGCAGACAUCUACAGUCCCCUUGUAAACAACAGAAAGUUCAAUAAUGCAAUUUGUAAAUCUGUUUAAUUUCCUUCUUACUGAA